AUGAAUUCGCACAACCAAAUGAAGAGCGCCGAGGCCGACGACGCCGCGUGGGAAGCCACCCGCGGAGCCGUUACGGGCGCCGUGAGAUGGGGUGCCGGUGCCGCCGUCCUGGGAGCCUUUGCGUGGAGGUUCUCACCGUUGUACAAGGGCCUUACGAUUCAGUUCAAGAUCUACAUGCAAAUGUCCGCCAUGGUGCUGGGGAGCAUGCUCGAGGCGGACAACAGGUUGCGCGAGUACGAGGCAAGGGUCAGGAUACAGAAGCGCAUGCUGAGGGACAAGGCGAAAUGGGAGAGGUUUGAGCAGGAGUUCCUUGAGAACCCAGCUGACGAGAAGAAAUGA